AUGACAUACAGGGAUGAGCUAGAUGGCUUACUUGAGAGUCAGGUAAUAUGGGAACCAUACACUGCAGAGAUUCAUGCUCAGGUUCCACAGAUAUGCACUUCAGGUCAGGACACUUGGCUCUCCAGAGUUCCUUUGAUCAGUUGGAAAAGGGUUGAGUGGCAUCUCCCUGAUCGAGUACUACGACAAUUUGGAUACUGCCCUUCCAUUGAUAUCAUGCCAAUGGAUCCUAGUUUUGUCAGAGUUGAUGGACGUGGUAAGGCAGAUACUGAUUGGGCAUUAUAUCACCAGGCAAGUAUUGCACUAUGGGAGAGCAGGAGAGCAUACAUUGUUUCUGGAGAGAUUCCUGGGUUGGACUAUGAUUAUAAGGUGAAGCAGUACUUUGCAUGGUUUCAUUCUUGGGCUACACUAUACAUGCUAAAGCCCCCAGUGGAUCCUCCGAGUACAUACUAUCCAAGAUCACCAGCUGAACGUCACAUGCGAGAUUUCUUUGUGAGCAUGGAGAUGAGAUUGCAACCACACUUUGGCGGUACUGAGGGGACACCUUUACAGGUGGAUGUGAAUAUUGUUGGAGAUAUGUGCCAAAGAUUACAACAACAGAUAUACAUUGACGAUGCUCAUUAUUUUGACGAGGCAGAUACGCAGGUGUAUAGUCCAGCCGUUCCGACUGCAGAUCCAUAUGAUGCUGGGCCAUCCUCCUAUCCUGAUCUUGGUCCCUCUCAGAGCCACUUCACAGCUGAGUUUGACGUCGCCUCCACACCUCAGUUCGUACCUUCCUCCUUGGGAGAGCCCCCAGUUACUCAGCAAGAUGUUAGUGAUCAGGACCAGCACCAUCUACGUACCAGGCCACUACGAGCACCUCAGCAUUUUACUCCAAGCACUGAUGCGAUUUCACAUCGACAUAAAAGGAGGCAUUAG